AUGGCUAACUUGCACUUUGAUGUCCAAGGAUACGCUGAUGACUUGGUGGUCACUGUGCGAGGAGUAUGUCAGGACACCCUCUCCCAUCGCAUGCAAAGAGCACUCAACACUAUUGAAAAAUGGUGCAUAGAGAACGAACUUACAGUUAACGCUGACAAAACUGUAAUAAUACCGUUCACUAGGAAGCGUAAGAUUGACAAUCUUAAGCCGCCCAAGCUGAAAAACAUAAGAUACCUGGGAGUUACACUUGACAAGAAAAUGACCUGGAACUCCCACAUAAAUGGCGUACUUAAAAAAGCAAAAUCAGCACUGGGGAUCUGCGGUCGGCUAGCGGGGAACAGAUGGGGCAUGAAACCCAAGAUAACCUUCUGGCUCUACACAGCCAUUGUGAGGCCUAUUGUGUCUUAUGCAUCCGUGGUUUGGAGUAAUAAGACGACGGUAAAAACCCAAAACAAGCUAAGCAGUCUACAACGCUCAGCCUGCUUGCUCAUAACAGGAGCCAUGAGCACCACCCCUGGGGAUGCUCUGGAUGCUUUGCUGAAUCUCCCUCCUCUUCACCUACAUGUUAGGAAGGAGGCGAAGGCUUGCAUGUACAGGCUCACCAGCCAGGGUGUGGUAAACUGGCUCCCACGAGAACUGAGGCAUCUUCAUAACUCAGUUCUUGGGAUACCUGUUUUGGGGAUGCCAACAGACUCAAUAACUCCAAAACUUAACUUCCUCAGGCAAUAUACUGUGGAAAUUCCAAAUCGUAUUGACUGGCUUGAAAACCGGAUCACCUGGAAACCGGGGAGCCUUAAGUGGUAUACAGACGGCUCCAAGUCGGGUAGUAACGUAGGAUGCGGAAUAUUUGAAGAGACUACCAGGGUAGGGCUUCAACGUAACCUGGGUGUCUACACCUCCAUAUUCCAAGCAGAGGUCUUCGCAAUAAUUGAAUGUGCGGAAACCUGUCUGCUAAAGAAUGUAGUUCUUGGCACAAAAUGGCCGAUGAACUUGCAAAGUCAGGCGCUUUGGAGAAGCAAAUUAGCCCAGAGCCGGUCUGCGGAAUACCCAAAAGCCUGGCGCAACUCACCCUACAAACCUAUUGUAAUUACCACACACUCAUUCGCUGGAGACAACUCCAAGGAAUGA